AUGGCCGAUUACGUCUACGCGUCAACUGUUGGAAGAGGGCACGGACGCGCUCAGUCGGAAACCCUCUCCAUGUGCAACCCCAACCUGGCUCCCGACAAGACAAGCGUUGGAGGAAACUUGAGUACGGAUCUAUCUCUUCUCAGCUCGCCCUUCCGAUUAGACCGGAGUCAACGCGGGAGAGCCGUAUUUCUCGCCAACGUUGGCAAGAAGAGGAAGCAGGUACGGAUGGAGAGGGCUGACAGCGAGUGUAUGGACCGCGUACCUCCGGGCAGCCGGAAGAAGCACGAUGUAUCCUGCUCCGCAAAAUCUCAUGAGAAUGCUCGGGCUGGCUGUGUAGUUCUUGCCACAGGUGACGCCGAGUCCACACAGUCUGUAUCGCCGUUGCAUAUGCUGAUCCACGGAGGCCCGAGCAAACAAGGAAUCGAGUCUCAUCAGUCGCCGGUUCCAUCUGUUGUGGAUCUGACCACCCCAGAACGGCGGGCGUCCUGUUCUUAUCCCACGCCAACCUCCAGCCCAGUGCACGACGACCCUUUCCAGUCACAACCCACACCGGUGGCCACUCGCACAGAGAUCCCAUCGUCAUGUUAUUCCAAGGCGAGCCAGGUGGAAGCUCCCGUGCAGCGGCCUCUGGUGUCGACAAUAGCGAGGGCACGGCCAUAUGCAAAUCGCGUCCGGCAACGGCCUGACGAAGUGCGCCCUCUCCCAGAGUUCUUGCCGCAGCGCAGCCAGUCGAGCUUUACGACACAUAUCACAGACGACCUGGACAAGUUCACACCACAAAUGCACCAUUUCCGGCCGGCAUGUGUUGCGCGAGACGUCAAGGUGCUGGAGCGAGGAUACUGGCAAUUUUGGGUCAGACUAGUGGAGACACUCCCAAAGCCGACACUGAAACUGCUGGGGUCCACAGCGCGCAGGAAGCAUGAUGUGGCAGACAACAACCCGCCCAAACACGCACUUUGGACGGCAGAUGAGUUCGUCAAGGCAUGGGAAAAUGUUGCAAGGACGAUCGAACUGGGAAAAGUCGGCUGGGGUACCUGGAUCGCGAAAGACUCUGCAGAUGACAGUCUCUGGAGGAUCAGGGUGUUCACAUGGGGCGAGACUCUUGCGCACAUCUGGUUCAUGCUGUUCUGGCAAUCGGACAAGCUUACAGGGAUGGUAUCGAUGCAUUGGAUAGCAGCCGAUGGCCAGGUGGUUGUGCAGAUGACUCCGGGGACGAACCUGAGUGGUUGUUGGGAGAGGAAGGGCGCUGAUGGAGCACACGGAGUAUGGGGUUUUACACGAAGCUGA